GGAUAGCACGAAAUCAAGCUUGGUCGAUCGCGUUCGUGCCGUUUCCGUUCAACGAUCGGAGCGGAGCGUUUUAUUCGGCUCCGUGAAUCGUGGGUGCGACCUACGAGUGUUUCGCCGCCGAUCGAUAACGCGUCGACGGUAUCGAGAAAGUCGGUUUAAUCCGGACCGGGAAUUUGGCACGCGUCCUCGAAACUCGCCGCGCAUCGUCUACGAAAGGAAGUCGAGGAAAACGCGGACAGGAGCGUUCGUGUGGUAUCGGUGGACUGGUGGAAACACGCGAACGGGGAAGGAAAAGUCGUCGAGGUAGAUGCGGCAAAGCCGUAUACGCGCUUGCGCUUGAAGAUACGGGAGACGACCACGCGUUGCGACGAUAGACCAGCAACGAAACGGGAGAGACGCACGCGAUGCAGUGAAGCUUUCGAAGAGCAAGCGACAUGGGCUAAAGGAAAAGCUCCGAGACGCGGCAAUGAAAUCGAACGUGUCUGUGGCUUGGCAGAGUGGAAUUGAUCACGAUUGCGGUCACGAUCACGAUCACGGUGGUAGCAGCGGUACCUUUGGCCGGUCGAGAUUCAAUUUAAACCAGCCUCGGACUUUACGGUAAAACUGGCCUAGAUAAUCCAAGUCGAAGGAAGAAAACGAUUCGUCGAGUACACUGACCGGGAACGAGAGGGUUGAAUCAACCGGAGAACGUUAGACCGGUUGCAUCGGCGAGGAAAUCGUCGACUGACUUUAAGAGGAUCGCCGGUGCGUGCGCGAAACGUAAUCGAGGAGGAGGCAGUGCCGUAGUCCUGGGGGCCCAGGGUAUACGUAUGAUCUAAUAAUAAGUUGAAACGCGGUAGUAGUGGGGCGCUGUUCGCUAGCGGGUGAAAAUAGAAAAGAAUGUUUUUGGAAUCCAAUUGGACUUGGUUGGCCGAACGAUGGGGCAAUAUGGCCGACUUGGCCGAGCGGGUGGACGAUCUGAUAUGCAGUUUCGACUCGGCUGGUGACACGACCAUGGAUACCUUAUCGAUGCUGAUAUUCGGUUGGAUGUUGUUCGGGUUGGUGGUGCUGUGCGUCGGGAAAUACGUGUACAAUCGUUUCGUUUUGAACGAGCUAUCCACGGGUACGACUGUUACCGCCAAGGACGGCCAUAUCAUUCACGGCGAUAGCGUCGGUGUCGGUGGUGGUGUUGCUAGCGGUGGUGGUACCGGUGGUGGUGGAGCUGCCGGUGGUGGUAGCGUCGGCAAGACGGUUCCGGUUGGCAAACAAAAAAUUCUAUCCUCGGCAUCGGUUACCUCGGUGCCCGGGGCAGGUGGUGGUAGCGGUUCUGGCGCCACUGUUUCCGGAUCCCACGGUGUCGUUAAUCAUCCGUCUGGUAGCGGUACCACCGCGACAACCCCUUCCGGCUCUUACGUACCGCCGACUCCUCCAGUUCGCAAACGUCUAACAGCCAGGAAGAGUUCCGGCGCUUUGAUCAGCCCGGCGAGAAGCUCGAGGAGUUUGCAUCUACCGACUGCCACGGGCGCUGACCCCGACGCGGUCCGUUGGGUAAACGAAGUGAUCGUUUGGCUUUACUCCGACCCGGCUAUCCUCGACGAGCUACUCGCUGUUUGGGUCGGCUCCCUCAACGACGUUACCGCCAAUUCUUUCGAAGAGAACGGAGUCGUGGUGGAGUUUGUCCGCGUUCUUCCGGAGACCCAUCCACCGAAUCUCUCCAACAUCUUCUGCGAAUGCGAUUCCAAGGACGACGUGACGAUCACGUGCGAUUGCGAGGCUACUCCAGCGUUACAAUUGAAAGCGUUCCGCAGGAAGGCGGAGAAACUAGAAGUCAACCACUACCGUGUAAACGUGAAUCGCUUUCGAGCGCGAUUAAACGUCAUUUGCAUCACCGAGAAACUUCAGCUCGACUUGAAAUGCGACGGCUGGCCGGAGGUGAAAGUGUCGCUGGCUCAGGUGGGAACGAUAAAGAAGGAUUUCGACGAGAGCCAGUUACAGGAAGUCGUGACCGAAAUCGUGAUAGGGGCGUUAAGGGGGACCAAUGUUCAUCUGAAUUUAUUCCAAUAUCCAAGCUGUCCGCGGUUAUGGAGGGAACUGCAACAAACCGCCUACUCAAUGUCGACACACUACGACGGCAUGAAUACGUCGAGUGGUUCUCUGCGGCAACGGGUUCAAAGUCAGAAUCAAACGACUGCGCAGCAUCAACACGUAGGCGACAAACGAUUACUCGUGAAAGUGGUACGAGCGGCAGAACUCGGUGGAGAACAAGGAUCCGUGGAACCGUAUUGCGUGGUCGAGCUGGACGAACCUUCCCAAAAGAACCAGACAUCCGUCAAGAAAGAUACCAGAAAUCCACAGUGGGACGAAGCGUUCUUAUUUGAUGUAAAUCGCAACACAUCCGAGGUUUUAUUAGAAGUCUACGACCGUGUGAAUAAAUCCCAACGAUUCCUCGGUCUAGGAAUCGUCGGCAUCGACGAGCUGCUCGCGAAUCCGAGUCAGAGGCAGAUAAUCCCGCUCCAGAAUCGACCGUACGAAGAGGAAGAUAUUACUGGUACCUUGACGGUCGAGUUUCUAUUCAUCGAGGGUGCAGAGGUGCCUCAGGUCGGGGGCAAACCUUACAAGGUGAAGGAGACGAUAAAGCUGCCGUCGCCGACUCCUCGUAUCUAUACUCCGACAAAUCUCGCUUACAAUUACAACAAUGGUAACAGCACUCUUAUCUUGUACGACUCUACCGUUCAAUCCGAAGGGGACUAUUUGACGAACGGCAACGCGGUCGAAUCUCCGUACAGAACUGGUCAAUCGAACGGGAACAAGGGAACUCUGAUCGUACACAGCCAGCAAAGGCAACCGGAGCGACAGGUGGUUAAGGUGGCCCUGACGGAAAGCGGCAACUGGCAAGAAAUAUCACCGGAGCACGGGCCGAAAGAUACCAGCGUGACCUCGGGACCAGAGAGUACGCCAAACUCCUCCAAUUCCGAAGAGAGAGGCAGAACGCGAAGGAAACGACGCGACUUCUUCGGCACGAUAAAGAAACGACUGAGUCGAUCGAAGACGAGAAGCAGAUCGGUCGGACCGGAAGGCGAUGCGAAUCACGAGGAUGCUCACUCGAGAUCUAUAUCCGCGGACAGAGCCCGUGAUCCAGGUUCCGCUCGUUUAUCGAUACCAGGGAAGGAAGAACAUUCGAGGCGAUCGAGCUUGAGCGAGGCGUCCGGAAUAAGCGGAGCGUCGACCAGAACUUACAUUAACGAGGCUUCCACCUUGGUUCUCGAAACCCUAGAGAACGGUAUCAAAAAGCAUUACUUAGUACCGCUGUCGCUCGCACAGAAAAGUAAAUGGCGAAAGAAGGGCACGAAGCUUCACAUAUUCAACGACCACACGUUUAUAGCGAAACACAUGUCUGGAGGGACCGUGUGCGAAGUAUGCAAACGAACCCUCGCGAGAAGAUUGGGCAAACAAGGGUACGAGUGUAGAGACUGUCAGAUGAAGUGUCACAAACAUUGCCACGUUAAGGUGGACAGCAUGUGUCCUGCGUCUAUCAUUCAGAGCAUCGAACUGUCUCUACUGCCAGUGCUCAGUGAAUAGGAUGGGACGUACAUAAAGGCUCCAGGGCUCGAGCGAAAAUCGUCCAGUGGUUGUCUCUGCUGACCGAGUCCAGGGAUCAUUUGCCCAGCAAACGAAUUGUUUCUCCUUUUGAAUCGGUCGUACGAAUCGGUUCUUGGAAAAGAGAAUCUCACGAUUUAUCUACGAUUCGAACGUCGUAUAGCACGUCUCUGUUAUCCGCUACCGUUGCUACGCUUUUUUUCAAUCAAUGCAAACGAACACGAACGAGAAUACGAAGCGAACGAAACGGAAUGAACAGAACGGAAGAGAAUUUCGGUGAAAUAUUCUAUUCUAGUUAACGGGUUAUCCCCUGUCGAGUGUUUCGAAAAUUUUCUACCCUUUAGAGAAUCGUCCGAUUCGAAUUCUUCUAUUUAAACUCUUCCGGCUGUUCGUUCUCCUCGUUCGUUUUCUUAGACGAAAAAUAAUCCGUACAAAACACGACGAACGUCGAGGAAAGUUUUUUCGCGUAAGGAAAGUACACGUCAACGAUAGUGCCUCUAGAUAGCUCGAGCAGCUCGUCGUCAUUUUCGAAACGUUUUAUCAUUAUCUUGUGGGAAUAGUACUUUUGACAAUACUUUCGAUUGUUAUCCGAUCGGUACCGAUUGAAAUCGAACGCUUGAACGCGCACACUCGUGCCUAUGUAUCGCGCGUACGGAAAGUAUCGUAAUCUUCGAAUGUUUCACAUUAUAAUUAUACCGAUGAUAAUGAUUAUUACUACUACUACUAUUACCAUUACUAUUGUUAUCAUCAGCAUUAUUUCAAGCAUUGCUUAAGACGGCGGCAUCGGGAGGAACGAAGAAGAAGAAAAAAUUGUAACGAUAAUGAUAAUGAUAAUGAUAAUAAUAUCGUGUUACGUUGAGAAA